CACCUUUUACGACAGUUUUCCGGCCCAGGUCGCGGCGCCACUACCGAGUGUUGCGGGCGCCCGACCGUGGACGUUGGGUCCCCGCUGGCGGCGCCCUCGCUUUCUGGUAGCGGCGGGGAGCUGUGGCCGCGGCCUUUCGGGCUGGGAUGAACCGCGCUCUCGGCGGAGGCAGGGGAGCCGAGCCGGAGCCAUGGCCAGUACAGUGGUAGCCGUGGGACUGACCAUUGCUGCUGCAGGAUUUGCAGGCCGUUAUGUUUUGCAAGCCAUGAAGCAUAUGGAGCCUCAAGUGAAACAAGUUUUUCAAAGUCUACCAAAAUCUGCCUUCAGUGGUGGCUAUUACAGAGGUGGGUUUGAACCCAAAAUGACAAAACGAGAAGCAGCAUUAAUACUAGGUGUAAGCCCUACUGCCAAUAAAGGAAAAAUAAGAGAUGCUCACCGACGAAUUAUGCUUUUAAAUCACCCAGACAAGGGAGGAUCUCCUUAUAUAGCAGCCAAAAUCAAUGAAGCUAAAGAUUUACUAGACGGUCAAGCCAAAAAAUGAAGUAAAUGUAUGGUGAAUUUAAGUUGUUAGUCAUGUAUAUGAAAACAGCUUUUUAUAAUAAAUGUCCUGAAGCUACACAUUUUAAAAAUGAUUUAGCACAAA